AUGGCAGCGCCGGGCAGCAGAUCGGAUCCGCCACAGCUACCAGAGUACAGCUGCAGCUACGUGGUGUCGCGGCCGGUCUACAACGAGCUCGCCUUCCAGCAACAGCACGAGCGGCGCCUGCAGGAGCGCAGGACUCUGCGGGAGAGCCUGGCCAAGAGCUGCAGUUGUUCAAGAAAGAGAGCUUUUGGUGUGCUAAAGUCUCUCUUGCCCAUCUUGGACUGGCUCCCCAAAUACCGAAUCAAGGAAUGGCUGCUCAGUGAUAUCAUUUCAGGAGUUAGUACUGGACUUGUGGGUACACUGCAAGGAAUGGCAUAUGCUCUGCUGGCUGCAGUUCCUAUUGGAUAUGGCCUCUACUCUGCUUUUUUUCCUAUCCUGACAUACUUCAUCUUUGGAACAUCAAGACACAUUUCAGUUGGACCUUUCCCUGUGGUCAGUUUAAUGGUGGGAUCUGUUGUUCUAAGUAUGGCCCCCGACGAACAAUUUCUCAUGUCCAGCAAUAAUGGAAGUACCUUGAAUACUACCAUGCUAGAUACAACAGCCAGAGAUACUGCAAGAGUAAUGAUUGCAAGCACCCUUACCCUUUUGGUUGGAAUCAUACAGCUGGUAUUUGGAGGUUUGCAGAUUGGAUUCAUAGUGAGGUACUUGGCAGAUCCAUUGGUUGGAGGAUUUACAACAGCUGCUGCCUUCCAGGUACUGGUCUCGCAGCUAAAGAUUGUCCUCAACGUUUCAACCAAAAACUAUAAUGGAGUUCUCUCCAUUAUCUAUACUCUGGUAGAGAUUUUUCAAAAUAUCGGUGAGACAAAUCUUGCUGAUUUCAUUGCUGGAUUACUCACCAUUGUCAUCUGUAUGGCAGUUAAGGAAUUAAAUGAUCGAUUUAAACACAAAAUCCCAGUUCCUAUUCCUAUAGAAGUAAUUGUGACCAUAAUUGCCACUGCCAUUUCAUAUGGAGCCAACUUAGAAAAAAAUUACAAUGCUGGUAUUGUUAAAUCCAUCCCAAGGGGGUUUCUGCCUCCUGCACUCCCCCCAGUGAACUUGUUUUCCAAGAUGCUGACUGCAUCAUUUUCCAUCGCUGUGGUGGCUUAUGCUAUUGCGGUAUCUGUAGGAAAAGUCUAUGCCAUCAAGCACGACUAUACCAUUGAUGGGAACCAGGAAUUCAUUGCCUUUGGGAUCAGCAACAUCUUCUCAGGAUUCUUCUCUUGUUUUGUGGCCACCACUGCCUUGUCCCGGACAGCUGUCCAAGAGAGCACUGGGGGAAAGACACAGAUUGCUGGCAUCAUCUCUGCUGGGAUUGUGAUGAUCGCCAUUGKUGCCCUGGGGAAGCUUCUGGAACCCUUGCAGAAGUCAGUCCUGGCAGCUGUUGUGAUUGCCAACCUGAAAGGGAUGUUUAUGCAGGUGUGUGAUGUUCCUCGUUUGUGGAGGCAGAAUAAGACUGAUGCUGUUAUCUGGGUAUUUACAUGCAUCAUGUCCAUCAUUCUGGGGUUGGACCUGGGCUUACUAGCUGGCCUUCUAUUUGGACUAUUGACCGUGGUCCUGCGAGUUCAAUUUCCUUCAUGGAAUGGCCUUGGAAGCAUCCCUAGUACAGACAUCUACAAAAGUAUCAAGUAUUACAAAAAUAUUGAAGAACUUGAAGGAGUGAAGAUUCUUAGAUUUUCGAGUCCUAUUUUUUAUGGCAAUGUCGAUGGUUUUAAAAAAUGUAUCAAGUCUACAGUUGGAUUUGAUGCCAUUAGAGUAUAUAACAAGAGGCUGAAGGCAUUGAGGAGAAUACAGAAACUCAUCAAAAAAGGACAGUUAAGGGCAACAAAGAAUGGCAUCGUUAGUGAUGCUGGUUCAUCAAAUAAUGCUUUCGAGCCUGAUGAAGAUAUUGAAGAUCCUGAAGAACUUGAUAUCCCAACCAAGGAAAUCGAGGUUCAAGUGGAUUGGAACUCUGAGCUUCCAGUCAAAGUGAAUGUUCCCAAGGUACCAAUCCAUAGCCUUGUGCUUGAUUGUGGAGCUGUAUCUUUCCUGGAUGUCGUUGGAGUGAGGUCAUUGCGGCUGAUUGUCAAAGAAUUCCAAAGAAUUGAUGUGAAUGUGUACUUUGCAUCACUUCAAGAUCAUGUGAUAGAGAAGAUGGAGCAAUGUGGCUUCUUUGAUGAUAACAUUAGAAAGGACACAUUCUUUCUGACUAUUCACGAUGCUAUAAUCUAUAUACAGAACCAGGUUAAAUCCCAAGAUGGACAAGAUUCCAUUUUAGAAACGAUCACCCUCAUUCAAGAUUGUAAAGAUCCUCUUGAACUAAUGGAAGCAGAGUUGACUGAGGAAGAACUUGAUGUCCAGGAUGAGGCUAUGCGUAGACUUGCUUCCUGAAAGUGGGAUCAGGAGGUCAUUCACUGUAAACAAGGACUGCAAGGCAUAAUUUACCCAACAAUGUCAUUCUAUGCAAACAUUUUCUGCAUUGAUUAUUUCUUUGGACUUGAAACACUUCAUUCUUUUCCUUUUGCAUUUUUUUAAGUCAUUGAGUUUUUUAACCUCUUAGUCAUUAAAUGAUGAAAACAUUUAGAUAAUUUCUGUGCCUUAUUUAUUUAAUAAGCAGCUUACCUCUAAAAUGUGCAAAGUGGCAAGGAGAAUUGCCCAGGCAAAUUGGAUCUUCUGACAUUGUAAGAAUGCUGCAAAUCUGCCAUGCAGAUGAACUAGCAAUGUGCACCAGGUUACUGGCAUAUCUCUGUUCAAUCAGAGUAAGUGUUGACCUAAUAGCUUCUGUGGGUGGGUGAGUCAGGAAGGACUAAUCAUAAAGAAAGAUCUGUUUCUGAUUGACCUUGAUAUCCAUGAGCUGCACUGAUCACAGAGUAAAGGCACAUUCAGAAAAUGCUGAAAUGCAAUUAUUCAUGCUUUUAUCAAUAAUAGCCUUUUUGCAAAAUAAGUCAAAGUUUUUAAAAUACAAGUUUGGUUAGUACUUAGUAAUGAAGUGUUGUUAUAUGUGACCAGAUAUAUAACCAGAAUUUAGGAUCUCUUUAAUGCUGGACAUGGUUCACUUAAAAACUAUUAGAAUGGGGCUCAUAUAUUUUAAAAAUAUUGGGGCAGAGAAGUGAGAUUUUCAUGGCUUAUAGAAAUAAUUUUUUGAUAUGAUAACAUCAUAGAUCACAAUUAAGAUCAAAGAAAAUAAAAUACGAGACAGACUAGCUUAAAAAUGAAGUUUUAACUUAUCCUUAUAGAAAUGCUCAUUGUGUGAAACUUUA